AUGAGUAAUAAGAUGGAAGCGAGUAUUAACUUACAACUAGAUCAAAGUGUUCGUAUUACCAAGGCAUUCAGUAACUACAAAAAGUCUCCGAAGGAGCGGAUUACCAUCUCGUACGUUGAAACCAGACUCGAAAGCUUAGAGAAACUAUGGGAACAGUUUUCACGUAUUCAUAUGCAGAUACUGAUGUUGCCAGAGCAAGAUUUACUACAAGACACUGCAUACAUGAAGGACGAUGUGUAUGAUGCGACUAACGAGUUAUACAUGGAUUACAAAUGCGAACUCAAGAACGCUUUCAGCAAGUUGAAUGCAACACCCAGCAAUAGUAGUCCAAUAUUGUCAACUACAGCUUCAACGUCAAAAUCGAGUCAUGUGAAGCUCCCUAAGAUCACGAUUCCAACUUUUUCGGGAAAGUAUGAGGAGUGGAUGGGGUUCCGGGAUUUGUUCAUUUCACUCAUCCACAAAAAUCAGGACAUCGAUGACAUCCAGAAGCUUCACUACCUCAAGGCGCAUUUGACAGGCGAAGCGGAGCAGCUUCUUAGACAUAUACCCAUUUCUAGCGAAAGUUAUGACCAGUGUUGGGCCCAGUUAGAGAGUCGCUAUAAUAACAAGCAAUAUUUGGCGAAUUGCAUUUUAAAGAGAUUUUUUGGACAAAAGACUCUUCUGACUGAGUCUGCCACUGACAUUAAGCAUAUGUUAGAUUGUACCACAGAAACGUUAAAUGCAUUGUCUAGUCUCAAAAUUGAUACAGGCACUUGGGAUAUUAUCAUCAUUUACAUUGUCAGUCAUAAAUUGGAUCCAGAAAGUCGGAAAAAAUGGGAAUGUAAAGUAAGUGAAUCUGUAUCUCUGUCUGAACAGUUACCGACACUGGAACAAUUUAAGAACUUUUUGCAAACGCGAUACUUUUCUUUGGAAUUUUUGGAACCAAAGCCGGGAUAUGCCCAAAAACCUAAAUACGUGAAUAACAAUUACAAGGGGAGUUUUAGUCAGGUCAAGGGCAAUCAAGUGCAAAAAGUUAAUAAUUUGCAUAUCAGUAACAAUGUUUCAUGUAAUUAUUGUAAAGGUGAACAUCGUAUAAUUCAUUGCAAAGACUUCAAUGCUUUAGAUGUCAAUGUUAAACGUAAUUUUGUUCAAACCAACGGGAUGUGUUUCAACUGUUUGGGUAAUAAUCACUCUGCCAGAUACUGCAAACUGACAACAAAUUGUCAAAUUUGUAACAGGCGACAUCAUUCGCUGUUACACCAAAAGGGGGAUACGCAAGCCAAUGAAGGUAGGGAUUCAUCAGCUAGUCAAGCUAUAGCUCAAGUUCACACACAGCAAGUCACAAAUUCAACAGGAGAAACUACACCGGGAACCAGUGUUUCAAAUCACUUCGUGAAUGAAGUCUCACAGCAAGGGUUACUGGCUACCGCGGUAGUAAAAGCCAAAUCAUGGGAAAGGGAAGAAUAUCAUCUAUUAAGGGCACUAAUAGAUCCGGGCUCAGAAGUCUCAUUUAUCACCUCAGCUGCAGUUCAGUUACUCGGGUUAAAAGAAACUCCAGCUAAGGUUUCAGUGUCAGGAUUAAGAGGAAAGCUGAUUACAGAGCUGAAGUCUACAGUUGAAGUUACAAUAGCAUCGCGCUCUGGUACUAGGAGUGCCAUUGAGGUUACAGCAUAUGUGGUUGACAAAGUUACCUCGAACCAACCCUCUGCAAAGGUAUCGAUUACCUCCUGGCCUGAGUUGCAAAGUGUCGAGCUCGCAGAUCCUGAGUAUCACACUCCAAAUAAAAUAGAUAUGUUGUUGGGAGCAAAGGUCUACGCUCGGAUCAUUCAACCAGGUUUAUUCAAAUCACCCCAGGAAACUACGGUGGCACAAAAGACAUCACUGGGAUGGAUUUUAAGUGGUGAAAUAGGUUUACAGGCGAAUGUCUCCUGCAAGCUGGUUAGCAUGCACAUUCAGGUGGAACAGUUGCUCAGGUCCUUUUGGGAACUUGAAUCAGAACCUAGCAACAAAGAACGGAUUUUAACACCUGAAGAACAAAGAUGUGAAGAGAUAUAUGAAGCGACUACUACACGGGAUGAGAACGGCCGAUAUGUUGUUAGAUUACCGUUCAGGGAUGAGCAACCAGCCUGUGUAGAUGGUGGGUCCAGAGAGAUAGCGUUGCGAAGAUUUCACUCUCUGGAAAGGAGACUUCAAACCGAUGAGCGCCUGCAAACAGAAUACACAAAAGUGUUCCAUGAAUACCGGGAUUUAAAUCACAUGGAACCUUUGUUAGAGCAAGAAUCUAAGGAAAGGGGACUGUACUUACCUUACCAUGCUGUUGUGCGUGACGAACGGGAAACCACCAAGGUUCGUAUUGUUUUUGAUGCGUCUUGCAAGGGCACAAACGGGGUGUCCUUAAACAGUGACCUUAUGGUGGGUCCUACAUUGCAGUCAGAAUUGAGGCACCUAAUCAUGCGUUGGCGAAUGCAUCCAGUUGUCUUCAUUGCCGACAUCGUCAAGAUGUACCGGCAAAUACUAGUUGACGAAAGAGACACAAAGUACCAACGCAUCCUGUGGAGGGAGAAUACUACCCAAAAGGUAAAAGAAUACAAGUUAAAUAGAGUUACUUUUGGGGUCUCAACAGCUCCUUACCUAGCUGUCAAAAGUCUGAUUCAAGUCGCCUUGGAUGAAGGUGUAGACUUCCCUCUUGCGGCUAGUCGCGUAUGUCAGGAUUUCUACAUGGACGAUCUGAUGUCAGGUUGUCAAUCCGAGCAAGAGGCAAUAGAGAUCUACCAUCAGAUGAAGACGCUAUUAGGCAAAGGAGGCUUUGAACUUCAAAAAUGGUCAAGCAAUAGUAAAGCUAUGUUAGAAGAAAUUCGAGAGAGCACUGCAGGGAAAGAAGAGCAUAAAAAAAUAGAAAUGAAGCAAGAAGCUGUAAAUAAAAUCUUAGGACUUACCUGGGAUCGAAAUAGGGACGAAUUUGCUUAUACAGUUCAGCUACCUCCACCAACAGCCCCUGUAACUAAAAGGAAAGUAACAUCAGACAUUGCAAAACUAUAUGAUCCUCUUGGAUGGAUAGCUCCAAGUAUCGUUAAAGCAAAAAUGUUCAUUCAAAAGCUUUGGUUGGCAGGAAUCGAUUGGGAUCAAGAGCUACCGUCUCCACUACUUGAAGAAUGGUUGUGUUAUAGGGAAGAAUUGUCACAGCUCACCAGAUUUAGACUUCCUCGCUGGACAAAUCACCAAUCUAAUGUCAGGUUGGUUGAACUGCACGGUUUUAGUGACGCGUCAAAUGCUGCAUAUGCCGCUGUGGUGUAUUUACGCGUUAUUGAUGCAGAAGGGUUGAUACACGUCAGUCUAUUGACAUGCAAAACAAAGGUUUCGCCAAUAAAGCAAAUUUCUACUCCUCGACUGGAAUUAUGUGGAGCAGUAUUACUAGCUAAAUUAUUGGUUGAAGUUUCAAAUGUGCUAGAUGUGGAAAAAUCCAAUAUUCAUGCGUGGACAGACUCGGAAGUGGUAUUGGCGUGGUUGAGCAGUCACCCAAGUAGAUGGAAGACUUUUAUAGGAAACAGAUGUUCAGAAAUCUUGACAGCUACCAGUCGAAGCCAAUGGUCACACGUAAAGUCAGAACACAACCCGGCCGAUUGUGCUUCAAGAGGGAUAUCAGCUUCUGAAUUAAGUAACUUUGAACUCUGGUUAUCCGGACCUGCUUGGCUGAAACAAGAAGUGAUUAACUACGAAGUAUUAAAGACAGUCAGUACUCAGCUAGAAGAAAGAAAAAUACAUACUCACCUUGAAACUGUGGGGACGGAAUCAGACAGUGAGGAUACUAUGUGGUCGAAGUAUUCUUCACUCACCAAAUUGUUGAGAGUUAUUGCGUACUGUCGAAGAUUCCUGAAAAAUAAAAGAAAAAAUCAUACCUAUCUGCUGAAAAGUGAAUUAGAUGAAGCUUUAGCAAUCAUGGUAAAAAAGGAUCAGCAACAAGCAUAUGCUGCAGAAAUAGAAGAAAUUAAAAAAGGUAAACUUAAGAAGAAAAGUCAACUUACCUCGUUUACUCCACAACUCGAUGAUUUCGGAAUAAUUCGUGUUGGUGGGCGGCUUCAGAGUGCAGAUUUGACCUAUGAUCAAAAACAUCCAAUGUUGUUGCCGAAAUCAACUUGGUUGACUCAGCUUAUUCUUCGAGAUGCGCAUUUUAAAACUUUGCAUGGAGGAGCACCCCUGAUGGUCAACUAUAUUAGGGCCAACUUUGUAUACCAGGCCUCAAGAAUUUAG